UCGCCUAGAGUGGCAGAAGUACUGGGCACAGCCUGCAAAACAGCUCUCCCCCAAGAUAUUUGACAGUGAAGCGUUGUCCAACUUUCUGCUUGACGAUCCAAAAUACAAAGCCCGGUUGGUUAACAAUUCCAAUUGGGAAAAGAAAGCUGUAUGCAAACUCUGUAAAAUCCUAACACAGCAUCCUCCUCGUGUCACAAAGUCAAUAUGGUCUGAAAAAUCUACCAAGAAGACUAGAAAUUUGAGUCUGGAAAAGGCGUAAUGUAUAGGAAUCCAGAACUAAAUGCUUACAUGGUGCAUAUGAUUGGAAGAUGGCUAUGUACAACAGAUGGCUUUGGUUCCACAACACAAGCAACUCAGUAUGUGACGCUGCCACGUCUGAAAGUUUCACUUCUUGUUGUCGCCCGUCAUUGAGGUUCAGCCUCAAUACUGACAGCUUUUGUUGUUCUCUUAUUUUAAAUCACUGUUGUAAAAUGCUGAAUUGCAUGUGAACAUAUGUGCCACUGUUCUGCUAGUGUCCCCUCCUUCAGAGUGUGAGGUGGACGGGCUCCCCAGUGGCUACGGAUCCAGGGACUCCAUCCUCAGGCCUGGUGCGCAGAGGGACUGGAAAAGACAAAGGCGUGGACAACUACCGCGGCUUGACAGCUGCAGCAGCUGGGAUCCAGGCCACAGCAGCCCCGACGCUGGCAAAGGGAAACAGCAGUCUGCGUUUGGACUGGGUCGAGGUACAGGCAUGCGCUGCUCCACCUUGCUCGGCAUCCUCACGGGGGUGCUUCUCUACUUGGUGCUGGGAGCCGUGGUGUUCCGCUCUUUGGAGGCUCCACGGGAGGAGGGCAAGCACAUGCAGUUGCAGGACACGCGCCGGGAAUUCCUGUUGAACUUCACCUGCAUGGGCCCGGACGACCUACAGACCCUUAUAGAGGAAGUAGUGGACGCCGUCGGUGCAGGUGUGGAUCCCAUCAGCAACCUCUCCUUCGUCAGCCAAUGGGAUCUGGCCAGUGCCUUUUUUUUCUCAGGGACUAUCAUCACAACCAUCGGUUUUGGAAACAUCUCCCCCAAGACAGAAGGAGGGCAGCUGUUCUGCAUUUUCUACGCCUUGGUUGGAAUUCCGAUGUUUGGUAUCCUGCUCGCUGGUGUCGGAGACCAUCUGGGUACUGGGCUGAGGAAAACUGUUGCCAAAAUAGAGACUCUCUUCCGGAAAUGGCGAGUUAGUCCGAUCAUUGUGCGAGUGAUCUCAGCCGUCCUGUCCAUCCUGCUGGGUCUCGUGCUCUUUGUUGCCGUGCCUAUCCUGGUGUUCCAAGAGGUGGAGGGGUGGACUCUUCUGGAGUCGGCCUACUUUGUUGUUAUCACCCUGACAACAGUGGGGUUUGGAGACUAUGUUGCAGGGGAUUCAGGACUUGCGGGGAGUGACACCUGGUAUAAGCCUUUGGUGUGGUUCUGGAUCUUGCUGGGUCUUGCCUACUUUGCAUCUAUCCUGACAAUGAUUGGUAACUGGCUUCGGGUUCUAUCUAAGAAGACCAGAGCUGAGAUGGAGGAGCUUCGGGCCCACGCCACUGACUGGACUCAAAACAUCCAGAAUAUGUCGGUGGAUUUUCGCAUUCCAGGAAAAAUCGAUGACCCCUUCAAAAAGCGUCGGCGAAAACGCCGCCACGGCCCUCGCAGCCAUAGUAACGGUGUGCCAGCUAAUGGGGCCCCUGAGGGGCAAGAAGAGCAGCGUGAGAGUCAGACAGAGUCUGGAUCUUACUCCUCUUCCUCUUCCUCUAAUGAAUCAGCGCCUGGAUCAGAAACAAACUCUCAGGUCACUCAGACGGAGCGAGUGCCUGAAGAAAAACCUCCAGAGCCUGAAGAGGAGGAGGCUCUUCCAGAUCCCAACCUGUCUCAGCCUCUGGACUACUUUGGGGAGAACCUCGCCUUUAUUGAUGAGUCUUCCGAUGCCCAGAGCGGCAAACUACAUUUGGAUCCUCUGCUAGAUGCGUCGCCACCCAACUGUGAACGCUCUCGUACGCCUAAGAGGAGACGCCAAAGAAGACCUGUUCCACAGAGGAACAACAAAAUCAACGGCUCCAACCGUGAAAAGAAGGAGCCCAAUGGAAACCCCAAACCAGUUCAAGGUCUACCGGUGAAGGCUUAAGAUUGAAGCUGAUCACAGAAACUCCGCUGCUAGCACAAGUAUCGACUUGAGAAAUAUGAGAUGUGUUCAUAAUCAGACAGAGGAGUUCUCAAUGUAGCCAUUAAUUUGUGUAUAUGUACUGCUGCUUACUUACAGACACUUGAGAUGAAAACAUGUUGCAGAAGCCUUAGCCACUUGCGGUUUGCAUUUAAUGCUCUUAGCAUGCGAGUGUGUAUGCCUCAAUCAGAGAUGAUGAUUUUUAUGCCAAUGUUCCCAUUACUUUCUGAGGAGUUACUGCUCUCUACUGGGCCAAGACAGAAAUGCACUCUCUCAACACGAGGGUUCCCCCCUUUUACUCAACCAAAUAGUGCAGCAGACAAGGAAACCAAAAACCAUAUGUGGUCAGGAAGUUGCCACAGCAGUGUGGUGUGCUCAUGUUAAAGAGAGGUUGCGCUGGUCUGAGACAGUUACUCUUGAAUCCUGCCAACAAUCAAACGGGUGCGAAACGGGCUCUUGUACAUUUUUGGUAUGUAACAAAACUUUUUUUAAAUACUGUGUUCAACGAUAAUAUUUGCAUUUUGAUGGCCAAAUGCAUUAAUCUUACUGUACUGCAUAUAUGUAAUAAAGACUUUUUUUAAUGAAAGCA